AUGGCAGCCCUUCUUCCCAGUCCUGGUUCAACUCCACACAAUAACUCCGCAACAGAGACUUCAGGACUCUGGGCCCAACCACUUGAUGAGCAGGUUUACUUCUUCACUGGCAGUAAGACCAAGGUCUGCAAUGGUACUCUGAAAGAUAAGAUGGACUUUCAAUUUCUAAUCAACGUGACAGCUGGAUCUCCCACCGAUGAAACUGACACUGGCUCUGGUUUUACAGAAGACUACGUCACCUACUCUGUAGACAACUCUGGUAUGUGUGACAAGAGCAGGGUCAGGUAUUUCCGGCGGUAUUAUGAACCACCGCUCUUCUAUAUCAUCUUCGUCCUUGGUGCCCUGGGCAACCUGAUGGUGGUUGGGAUCUAUGCGACUAUUCGUAAUCGCCUGAAAACCAUGACUGAUGUCUACCUGCUGAAUCUGGCUGUGGCUGACCUCCUGUUCCUGGGCACACUGCCCAUCUGGGCGACAGAUGCCAAGCAGGGCUGGGCGUUUGGCACGGGUACCUGCAAGGUUGUCUCAGCAAUGUACAAGAUUAAUUUCUUCAGUAGCAUGCUGUUGCUCACUUGCAUCAGUGUGGAUCGCUACAUUGCCAUUGUGCAGGUUGCCAAGGCCCACAACACGAAGAACAAGAGGCGCUCCUAUAGCAGGCUGGUCUGUCUAGGUGUCUGGGUCACCUCCGCUCUCCUGGCCCUGCCCGAGUUUAUCUUUGCCACGCAGAAGAACGACCUGCAGAAUCAGUCCUUCUGUGUUCUGGUCUACUGGAACAACUGGAACAACCGGACCAAGAUCAUCGUGCUGUCCCUGCAGAUCUGUAUGGGCUUCUGCUUGCCAUUAGUCGUGAUGGGGCUCUGUUACUCUAUAAUUAUUCGCACUCUGCUGCAGGCCAGGUGCUUUGAAAAGCACAAAGCCCUACGGGUCAUCCUUGUCUCGGCGGCUGUGUUUGUCCUCUCUCAACUGCCGUACAAUGGUCUCCUGGUGAUCGAGGCCUUGCAGGCAGCUAAUACCACCAUCACCGAAUGCGACACCGUGAAACACUUUGAUAUAGCUGGACAGAUAGCCAAGAGCUUGGCAUACACUCACGCCUGCCUGAACCCAGUCCUCUAUGUCUUCCUCGGUGUUCGCCUCCGGAACGAUUUCUUUAAGAUGCUGAGGUGGUUUACUUACUGUUUUGGCAAGGGAGGUUGUAGUGAAGCUCAGGCAGUUCCCAAACCUUCCUCUGUCAUGUCAGACACCGAGACUAUGCCAACUCUCUCCUUAUAGAUAUCUCCUUCCCCAAUUCCCAAAACCUGAGCCUAGAUUUCCACACUGAUGAUUUUUACAGUAUGAUCUUCCUGUGAAGGCCUUACCACAGGUCCUUUGUCACCCUAUAAGGUUUGCUGAGACUUAAGACAGGUUCA